GUGUGUGUGUUCUAUUCUGAGGUAACACAUAUAUUGCAUUUUCGUACGUAAUAUAAAGGUUAACACGCGUUACCUGAUCGUUUGUCAAACAUGACUUUCAUUGAAUAUGCUGUCAUCUAAAAAUAUAUUUAUUUCGAUAUUUAACUGCGUAUAAUUGAUCUAAUUGAGUUUUUCAAAAUUAAGAGUGUAUUCAACAAACAUUAUUUUGUAACCGACGUUUUGUUUUAGAAUGACGUGCUUAUUUACAAAGAAAUUUCCUAAACAAUGUUAUUUCCCAAAUUUUUUGUCACGUUUUCAACCUCUGGUUUUUUUACAAAAUUACGGAUAUGCCCAUGAUGCCAUAUCGGAUAAGGAAGGACCAAUUGCUGCCCUGAAAAGUAAAAUAGCAAGGGGAGAAUUGAUGAAAGAUAGUCAUCAAAUGGAAAUUGCUGAUACUUUGCAAUGUAUUUACAACGAAAUCAAUGGAUAUAAACCAGAGGAAUCUAGUCUCAUUGACAAAUGGCUUGGCAAAAAGAGGAAACAGCCACCAAAAGGAUUAUACCUCUAUGGAGCAGUAGGUGGAGGUAAAACAAUGUUGAUGGAUCUUUUUUAUGAUUGUUGUCAGAUUGAUAAGAAGAAAAGAGUGCAUUUUCAUUCUUUCAUGGCAAAUGUACAUGUAAAAGUUCAUGAGGUGAAAAAAACUUUUGUACGUGAUGUUAGUAGUACAAAGCUUCAACCAUUUGAUCCUAUACCACCAGUUGCUAAAAGCAUCACUGAAGAAGCAUGGCUACUGUGUUUUGAUGAAUUUCAGGUAACUGAUAUUGCAGAUGCAAUGAUAUUGAAACGAUUAUUCACUGAACUUUUCAACAAUGGUGUAAUUGUAAUUGCAACCAGUAAUAGAGCACCAGAUGAUUUAUAUAAAAAUGGUUUGCAGAGAGGAAAUUUUCUUCCAUUUAUACAGAUAUUAAAAAAUUAUUGCAUCAUAAAUUCAUUAGAUUCAGGUAUAGAUUAUAGACUACAAACUGGACUUAGCGAUGAAAAAAUUUAUUUCAUUAAAGGGAAAGAUGCAGUAAAUGAUGUGGAUAAAGUUUUUAAAUAUUUAUGCUCAAAAGAGAAUGAUAUUGUAAGAUCUCGCACUAUUUCUAUCAGAGGACGCAAUGUUACCUUCAAUAGAACAUGUGGUCAAGUACUGGAUUCAACUUUUGAAGAGCUUUGUGAUAGACCACUUGGUGCAAGUGAUUAUUUAGAGCUUAGUCAAGUAUUCCAUACAGUUAUUAUAAGAGAUGUGCCACAAUUAAACUUCAGGUUUAAGUCUCAAGCUAGAAGAUUUAUCACAUUGAUUGAUACAUUGUAUGACAAUAAGGUAAGAGUUGUUAUAUCUGCAGCUGUGCCGCAUACGAAACUUUUUGUAGCAGAAGGUGAUACUCAAUAUACAGAUGAAAAAAGAAUGCUCAUGGACGAUUUAAAAAUAUCACAUGGUUCUGAUGACCAUAAAUCUAAUCUUUUUACUGGAGAAGAAGAACUCUUUGCCUUUGAUAGAACUGUUUCACGACUGUCAGAAAUGCAAACUGCACAGUAUUGGGAACAGUGGCAACAUCAUAGAUAAUAAUAAUUUAGAUUAGUACAAAUUUCAAUAGUAUUUUUUACUAGCACAUUCAUCUAAGUCAGUAAAAUAUAAGUUCUUAAUACAAUUUUUACUAGAAUAUUGAUCUAAUAUAAAAAUGUUAUUAAAUUUAUUUAGUUGUGUACUUAAAAAAUUUAUGCAGUUUUUAAAUAGUUCAACUUAUUUAUGCUACUAUUUAUUUGUUUCAAUAUUAAAUUGUGAAGAUACAUGAAUAAAGAAAUAUUAAAAUCGU